CACGCCUUCCUGCAGUGACAACGCUUGCCAAGCCAACAACAGCUUCACCAAGGCAGGCACGAACACGCGACACUACUUUUCUGUUUACUGCCAUCACGCGUGCCUGCCACUUUCUUGUUGACCUCCACCGCGUCAACAACCUCAGCCUGAGCGUUGCCUGACCAGUCAACACCAAUCACGCGUCCACUACACCGCUACACGCGUCAAACGGACAGCACCCCCCAAAUAUGGCUUCCAGCACGCCCAAAAAGUCGACCUCUUCUCCACCACCGAUCUCUACACGACAGGAAAGCAGUCCUGAGGUUGGCAGUCCAUCCAAGAUUACCCAGUAUAAUAAGCAGACCGGUCGACCCGUACGUCGAAGCGCUGGGAAGAUGAAGCCCGUUGAAGGAUAUGUCGAUUCCAGAAUCCUCGAAGAAGAAGAUUUCAUACCGUAUACCUCCAAUGACGAGAGCGAAGAGGAAGACGACAUCGGCACGCCUCGCGGCCGUGCUAACAAGACGAAGUGCAAGCGCAAGCGAAGUCCAUCCCCGCCAUCUCCACGCCUCGACCCUAUCAUAUACAACCAGCAGCUGGACGAAUUGACAGACGAUGAGACAGGUGGAGCGUUCCACCGCCGCACUCCAAAGAAGCCGCCUGUUACCCUACGAUUCGAUGUACCAUUGGGAUACCAUGGCCCACUUUUCGUUAAGCUAGAUCCCGCCAUCCUGAAGUUGGACGAUGAAGCCACGGUCCACGGUAUGCGCCAGUCAAAGAAGAGCAGAUCAGAUGCUUCAGAGUCACAGGCAGGAGCAGUCCAUCAACGUCGAAAGGGCUUUACCGACUUGCCUCCAGAGUUGCGAAACAAGGUAUAUCGAUACGCCUUCGUACGCGACAAGACCUUCCAGAUACCGGCCUGUAAGCCCUGGGGAAGCGGCGACCUAUGUCAGUCAGGCCAGUUCCUGAGCACAUGCAAGCUGGUGCACAACGAAGGCUGCUCGAUUCUGUAUGGCGAGAACACCUUUGCUUUCGAGAGGCACGAGAGCACUCGCGGUACCUUUUACGAGCAUGAACCCAAGGAGAUUGGUUAUCAGGAUGCCCUCCAGUUCCUCAAGAUGAUCGGUCCAGAGAACAUCCAGUAUCUGCGAGACCUCAAGAUUGUCUUCAAUGACGCUCGACCUUCUGAUACACCGCACGCACACUCGAACGAGGACCGCCGGUACAUGACAGAUGACAUUUUGAUCAACGUUCUGCGCAUCUUGCGACACGCCAAAUUGCGCAAGCUGUCACUGGCUUUCAUGGGUCGGCGAAAUCUUCAGAGGUCUGACGUCAAGUUCCUGGGCUACCUAGAGCAGAUCAAGACGGACGAGCUGGAGAAGUGGGCUCAACCAAGGAGCUACUACUUUGAGCACAAGAUCCGUUACAGUGUCUGGCACGAUCUUACCGAGCAGAUGGUCCGCAAGAAGAAGCUUUAUGACACAGAGUAGUGUCUUCCUCCACAAGGCCGCUCAUCUCAGCCAGACUCUGUCAACUUCUACUCCAUGGACAAUUCACAUCUGCUGCAUGACUUUAUCCUGUAUACGCCAAAGUCCAUGUCGACAAAUGCUGUUAUCAAUAAUCAUCUUGUUGCGACCUUAUAUUUCAUGACCAGACUGUACGGCAUGCUCCCCUUCUGCUCGAGUUUGGGUUCGGGAGUCAAUCAAGGUCGUUAUCGAGAUCUGGAGUUCCGGGGUGAGCAUGAUACGGUGUAACCCGAUCAAUCCUCUAUGGCGUUUUACAAUGGGCGAAGGCCUAGCAUCAGAUACCCCUUCCGGCAUAUCCUGCAUAUGACACAUACAUCACAAUCAAAAGCAUCUCCUUAUCGUGCAUAUGUAGCAAUUCUGUUGCUCGUUCAUUAUGAUUCGCGAUAGUCCUUUCCUCAUUCCUUUAGCAUCGGAACAAGACUUUCAGCCAUCUACGUCCACUUAGCCC